AAGUCAACACAUCUCACACCAUCAGGAGAGAGAAAGUCACUGACAACUUCACCACCACCACCACAUUUGUCUAUUUUACAAAAUUUUUGCUCUUAUUUUUCAAAUUAGAAAUCAAGAUCUGGAUUAUUUUCUGCGAUUACUAGACCUAAGUGGGUCAUGGAUCCAAUUGUGGAGGUGGUAGCACUGGUUUUGGGCUUUGUUGGCUGGGUCAUGGUGGGGGUGGCCCUGCCCAACCGCUACUGGAGAACUUCAACCGUGGAUGGGAAUGUCAUCACCACGUCCACCAUCUAUGAGAACCUAUGGAUGUCCUGUGCCACUGACUCAACUGGAGUCCACAAUUGCAGGGAAUUUCCUUCUCUACUGGCACUGAGUGGUUACAUCCAAGCGUCUCGUGCCUUAAUGAUCAUGUCCAUAGUGUUGGGAUCCUUUGCACUGGUAGCAGCUCUGAUUGGGAUACAGUGCUCCAAGGCUGGAGGGGAAAACUAUGUGCUUAAAGGAAGGAUCGCUGGGGCGGCUGGAGUUAUGUUCAUUCUACAAGGUAUUUGCACAUUGGUGUCUGUGUCGUGGUAUGCUUUCAACAUCACCCAAGACUUCUUUAAUCCUCUCUUUGUUGGAACAAAGUAUGAAAUUGGAGAGGGUCUGUAUAUCGGCUGGUGCUCUGCGGUGCUGGCCAUUGCGGGUGGGGCUUGUCUAACCUGCUCCUGCAAGAUGGGAUCGGAUGAGAAACGCCCAUUGCCAUAUCAAAGCAGGGGAACUGCCUAUUCUGGGGCAGCCCGGAGUGCUGCUGCCAGUACUUAUGGACGCAAUGCCUAUGUCUGAAAGAAGGAUCAAGGUUGAACUCUGGGUGGCAGCUGCUUUGGAACAUUUAAGGUCUACAAAAUGUGCCUUUCAGCUGGAGUUGUAAAAUGUUGUACAAAGUUUAUUGAUUGUGAGGCUAAUAUGUUUGUAUGUGUGUCUGUUUUCUAGUUUAUUAAAUGCGAAUGUUUUAUUUCUUGUUUUCUUUUUUACAAGUGCAUAGAAUAAACAGG